CUGCCUGAAGGGAGAAAUAGGGUCGAUGGGGGUUGCGUCCUCCUAGAUUCUCUGUGCUGUCCCAGCCGAGAUGGUUCCGUGGGUGCGGACUGUGGGGGAGAAGCUGAAACAGCGAUUGCGACUGGACUUGGGGCGAGAGAUCUGCCGCCAAUACCCCCUCUUCUGCUUCCUGUUGCUGUGCCUAUGUGUAGCUUCCCUGCUUCUUAACAGGUAUCUUCAUAUCUUAAUGAUCUUCUGGUCAUUUGUGGCUGGAGUCGUCACUUUCUACUGCUCAUUAGGACCUGACACUCUUUUGCCAAAUAUUUUUUUCACAAUAAAAUACAAGCCCAAGCACUUAGAACUCCAAGAAUUGUUUCCCCAAGGUCAUAGCUGUGCUGUGUGUGGUAAAGUGAAAUGUGAAAGGCACAGACCUACUUUACUGCUUGAAAACUACCAGCCGUGGCUAGACCUGAAAGUAUCAUCUAAAGUUGAUGCCUCUCUCUCAGAGGUGCUUGAAUUAGUGUUGGAAAACUUUGUUUAUCCUUGGUACAGGGAUGUAACUGAUGAUGAGUCUUUUGUUGACGAGCUAAGAGUAACAUUGCGGUUUUUUGCAUCUGUUUUAGUCCGAAGAAUUCACAAGGUGGAUAUCCCAGCAGUUAUAACGAAGAAACUGUUAAAAGCAGCAAUGAAACACAUAGAAAUGAUAUCUAAAGCAAAUCAAAAAGUAAAAAAUGCAGAGUUUUUACAACAAGCUGCUUUAGAGGAAUAUGGGCCAGAGCUUCAUGUGGCUUUGAGAAGUCGAAGAGAUGAGUUACACUAUUUGAGGAAACUUACUGAAUUACUCUUCCCUUAUAUUUUGCCUCCUAAAGCAACAGAUUGCAGAUCACUGACUUUACUUAUAAGAGAGAUCCUGUCCGGUUCUGUUUUUCUUCCUUCUUUGGAUUUCCUAGCUGAUCCAGAUACUGUGAAUCAUUUACUUAUCAUCUUCAUAGAUGACAGUCCACCUGAAAAAGCAACAGAACCUGCUUCCUCUUUGGUUCCUUUUUUGCAGAAAUUUGCAGAGCCUAGAAAUAAAAAGCCUUCUGUACUGAAGUUAGAAUUGAAGGAGAUUAGAGAACAGCAAGAUCUUUUGUUUCGCUUCAUGAAUUUUCUGAAACAAGAAGGAGCAGUACAUGUGUUACAGUUUUGUCUGACCGUGGAGGAAUUCAAUGACAGAAUUUUGAGACCAGAGUUAUCAAAUGAUGAAAUGAUGUCUCUUCAUGAAGAGGUGAAGAAAAUAUAUAAAACCUAUUGUUUGGAUGAAAGUAUUGACAAAAUUAGAUUUGAUCCUUUUAUUGUGGAAGAGAUUCAAAGAAUUGCUGAUGGCAUCUAUAUCGAUGUUGUGAAACUUCAAACUAUGAGGUGUCUGUUUGAGGCAUAUGAGCAUGUUCUUUCUCUUCUAGAGAAUGUAUUUACUCCAAUGUUCUGUCACAGUGAUGAGUAUUUCAGACAACUUUUAAGAGGAGCAGAAUCACCAACAAGAAAUUCAAAAUUCAACAGAGGUAGCCUAAGUUUGGAUGAUUUUCGGAGCACCCAAAAAAGAGGAGAAUCAUUUGGGAUUAGCAAAAUAGGCAGCAAAAUCAAAGGGGUUUUCAAGAGUACUACAAUGGAGGGAGCUAUGCUACCAAAUUAUGGUUUAACUGAAGGUGAAGAUGACUUUGUGAUUGGGCAUGAGCCUGAGCAUUGGUCUGUGUACCGAAGAUACCUUGAAUUCUAUGUUCUUGAAUCAAAACUAACCGAAUUUCAUGGUACAUUUCCUGAUGCUCAGCUUCCUUCCAAGAGGAUCAUUGGCCCUAAAAACUAUGAAUUCUUAAAAUCAAAGAGAGAAGAGUUUCAGGAAUAUCUUCAGAAACUUCUGCAACAUCCAGAAUUGAGUAAUAGCCAACUUCUGGCAGAUUUUCUUUCUCCAAAUGGUGGUGAGACACAGUUUCUGGAUAAAAUACUGCCUGAUGUAAAUCUUGGGAAAAUUAUAAAAUCUGUUCCAGGAAAACUAAUGAAAGAGAAGGGCCAGCAUUUGGAACCUUUUAUUAUGAAUUUCAUUAAUUCUUGUGAAUCCCCAAAGCCUAAACCGAGUAGGCCAGAACUAACAAUCCUCAGCCCAACUUCUGAAAACAACAAAAAGCUUUUCAAUGACCUAUUCAAGAACAAUGCAAACCGUGCUGAGAACACAGAGAGAAAGCAAAAUCAGAAUUAUUUUAUGGAGAUGAUGACUGUAGAGGGAGUCUAUGAUUACUUAAUGUAUGUAGGUCGGGUGGUUUUCCAGAUUCCUGAUUGGCUUCAUCAUUUCUUGAUGGGAAUACGAAUCCUCUUGAAAAAUACCUUAGAGACAUAUACUGAUUAUUAUCUGCAGUGCAAACUAGAGCAGCUGUUUCAAGAACACCGUUUGGUUUCACUUAUAACACUUCUCAGAGAUGCUGUGUUCUGUGAAAACACCGAACCUCGUUCCCUGCAAGACAAGCAGAAACGGGCAAAACAGACCUUUGAAGAAAUGAUGAACUACAUUCCAGAUCUUAUAGGUAAAUGCAUUGGUGAUGAAGCUAAGUAUGAAGGUAUCAGACUUCUAUUUUAUAGCCUCCAGCAGCCAGUGCUCAACAAACAGGAGCUUUUCCCAGAACUCAAUAAGGUACAAAAGGAUGUUACUUCCGUAUCAUCCUGGAUGUAAUAAGCUGGGAUCUGGGCAAAAAAACCCCAAAUAAUUGAAACCUGCCAUACCACUAGUACAGAAGAGAUGAGAUAUAUUCUGUUCUUCCUUUGUAUGUUUUUGUAAAUGUCAUAUUAUUCAGUGUCUGAAAUUUUUAUUGCUUUUCUGUUUUAAUAAAGACUAAC